AUGGAUUUGAGAAACUUGUUAGGGCCUUCAGAUUCAGGUGCUCAACCGGUAAAAGAAGAGAAAAAGGAACCACAACAGACCCCCAACAAUAACAACAAUGACCGUCCAGAAUUAAAACAUAGAUAUUCAUCAAUUAGCAGUUUAGUAAACAAUGACGAUGAUGGUCAAAAUUUAUCAUCUCCUUCAUCAAGCAUAAUACAUCCAAUGAAUUCACCGGUGCUACCUUCCAAACUACCGCCACAAGGUUCCAAUCCAGUUACACCUGGUAGUAAACCAAUUGAUUUGAUCAAAGCGCGUAGUAGUAUUACAAGUUUAACAAAUGAAAAAGAUGUUGAUGUUGAUGGUAAAGAAACUCCAAGUAUUGCUAGAAGAUUGUCAUAUGAAGUAUCAACAAGUGAAUCAAGCUCUCCUGCUUUGCCUAAGAAAACUAUUCCUAGACAACCUUCAUUACAAGAUGUGAUGAAUACUGAUAAGCCAAUUGAAUUUGAAGAACCUCAAUAUAAAGAACCUGAAGAAGAAAAACAACAAAAUAUUCAAUCCAAUUCUCAAAACUCUCAAAAAUUGGAAAGUUCACCAAAAGUUUUAUCUCCAAAAUCUGCUAAAAAGGAAAAACCAUCUUCACCAAAACGUUCACCUUCAAGAUCACCAACAACUAAGAGAAAACAAACUGCAUCUAAACCUCAAUCACCAAGAAACAGUGGGAACAUUCAAAACAAUAAUCAUCACCAUCAUCCUGCAACAAUUGAUGAUGAAUUAUCAAAAUUGAAAUCAAUUGAAAAACAAAAACCUAAAGUGAAAGGUAAACCAAGACGUUAUGAACAACCUCCGAUUUGGGCAAGAAAAUGGAAACAUUUAGCUGAAGAACAACCAGGUGAUUAUACUGAAGGUAAUGGUCAAUCCAGUAGAAAUACUUUCAAUAAAGCCGUUUCUAUAACUGGUGUUAAACCAUAUAAUGAUAUAACAAGAAGAAUAACAAAUUGGAUUUAUGCACAAAUACAUUCAACUCCAAAAGAAUUACGUCAAUAUUUAGAAUUAGAAACUAAAUUUGGUAGAAUUUGGGAUAAAACUACAGAUAGAAGAGUUCAAUUACCUGUAACAACAGAAUCUAUAUUAGAUGAUGGAUUUGCAUUACAAUGUACAUUUAAAACAGGUGUUGAUAAAGAUCAUUUUGAAAGAUUAAAGAAAUUUUUAAUCAAUUUAACAAAACUUCAUAAAGAUAAUUUUAAAACGGUUAAAUUUGAUCAAAUAGAUAGACAAUAUAGGGAAGCUCAAAGAAAUCAAAUGCCAAAAUUUUAUAGAUUAACAACUGAUAAAAGUACUCAAAGAAUUGUUCAAAAUAUUGAAAAAAGAAAAUUAGCAAGUUUAUUUAUUCAUAAUCCUGAUCAAAUAUUUGAUUUUAGAUUAACAAUGAGUAUUGAAUUACCAAGUAAUGAAAAUCCUGCAAGAUUUCAAGAUGUUACACCAGAAUCUGAAAGAUCUAAAAGAAGAACUUCAAUUUUCCAUGAUUUAACUGCAUCAAGAUUUGAUAUUACAGAUGUUCAACAAAGAUUAAAAGGUAGAAAUCAACAAGAACAAGAAUCUUUAGAAUUAGAAAUUGAAAUUGAUAUCAAAAAAUUAGUUUCAUCUUAUGAAAAAUUAGAAACUGAUAGCUUUACAUUUGAAGAUAUGUCUGAAACGUUUAUGGAUAAUGCUAGAAUUUUAAAUAGAGAAUUGUUAAAACCUGGGAAAUGA